CGAGCUUGCGGGCGUGCGUCGGCGUGGGUGCGCGCGCAGAGGCAGGCAGAGACCGAGAGACGGGCGGGCAUCAGCGGUACAGGCAGCAGCAGCAGCAGCAGCAGCAGCAGCAUCAGCGGAGGAACCACAAACCGCGGAGGAAAGCCACUCGAAGCCGGGGGGAAAGUGCAGGACGCAGCGUAGAGCCACACGCCAGACGGGGCCAGACAUCUAAAAUGGGAGGCAAGCUGAGCAAAAAGAAGAAGGGAUAUAAUGUGAACGACGAGAAGUCCAAAGACAAGGACGCCAAAGCGGAGGGCGGCGCGGCGGAGGAGAGCGAAGCUCCCAAAGAAAACCAGGAAGAGAGCGCCGCCGCCGACGCUAAAGACGUGGCUAACGAUACGGCGGCUAAAGACGCCCCGGCCCCAGACGCUGCGGCUAAAGCGGACGAGAAGAAAGAAGAGGCUAAAGCCGCUAACGCCGAGCCCGCCGCAACCGAGGAGAAACCGGCCGCUAAAGCUGAGGAAAAACCAGCCGCCAAGGAGCCCGAGGCCAAGACUGCGCCACCUGCUGCAGCGGAGGGCAAAGACGAGGCCAAAAAGACUGAGGCCCCCGCGGCACCAGCCACCAAAGCUGAGCCCAAGCCCACGGAGGCAGCACCCGCUAGCGCGCCCGCCAACGCUAAAGAGGCUAGCUCCACACCAGCCGCAGAGCCCCCCGCCAAGGACGCCAACGCCACAGAGGCGCCGAGCAAGGAUCAAACCGUAGCAGUUCAAGAUUAAUGGACAGCUCUUUUGGGAAAUUGAAGUCAACAAUGUCAAACAAAAAUCUGAAGAUGAUUAAGUCGCCCAUGCAUAUUCUGAUCGGAGAUUAACAAUAAUAAUAAUAAUGUUCAGAUAUGUGGAGACAACUGGACUCGAGACACCACCUAGAGGAGAACCCGCACACUGCUGCACAUGGGACUAUUGCUAUUAUUAUUGUUAGCUUUUACUUCUUUUCUGAUGUAGUAUUUGAACUUUGGUACGAGUCUGUUUUGAGCUUUUCAUUUUUUCCAUUUCCAUCCAUGACCUUCCCCCCAAACGUCCCUCCAAAACCGACCACAGGCACACGAACCCAACGCUCUCGUCAACUUGAGAAACCAAGUUCGUCUAAUCUCAUCGAUAAUUGUGACCAGGGCCUUUCCAUUUGCAAAUAAAACUCUAAUGCUAAUACUGAUUUCAAAUAGUUUAUAUUUUAUUUAGGAACUGCAACGAGAAAAAAGAACAAAGUCAUAUUUCUAUAAAUAAACUUUAAAACACGCAAGCAUGAAAA